AGGCACAACUACCUUCUUCACCGGCCUCAACUUCAUUUUCAAGAAGGUCUGGGCUGUGUUCUGCUGCAACAGCCAUGGCUCCCAAAAAGAACAAGACGACCAAAAAGAGCAAAGGAGACAUAAAUGAAAUGACCAUAAUGGUGGAGGACAGCCCCAUCAACAAGAUCAACGGGCUGAACACGUUGUUAGAAGGAGGAAAUGGCUUUAACUGCAUCUCGACUGAAGUUACAGAUUCUGUGUAUGCUCCCAACCUCCUGGAGGGUUUGAGCAGCAUGAGGCACGACAGCUUCCUGUGUGAUCUAACUGUCGCCACCAAGUCCAAGUCUUUCGAUGUCCACAAGGUGGUCAUGGCCUCGUGCAGCGAGUAUAUUCGAAACAUCUUGAAGAAGGAUUCAUCCCUCCAGAAGAUUGACCUCAACGAUCUUUCACCCGUAGGCCUUGCCACAGCAAUCACAUAUGCAUACUCUGGAAAGCUUACCCUGUCACUGUACAGCAUUGGCAGCACUAUUGCUGCAGCCAUGCUGUUGCAGAUUGGCACUCUGGUGAAGAUGUGCAGUGAUUUCCUCAUGCAGGAGCUCAGUGUGGAGAACUGCAUGUAUGUGGUCAAUAUUGCUGAAACCUAUGACCUGAAAGAAACGAAGGAGGCGGCGCAGAAGUUCAUGCGGGAGAACUUCAUUGAGUUUUCUGAGAUGGAGCAGUUCCUGAAGCUUACCUAUGAGCAGAUCAGUGAUUUCCUCUCUGAUGAUUCCCUGCAGCUACCCUCUGAGAUCACAGCCUUCCAGAUAGCUAUGAAAUGGUUGGACUUUGAUGAGAAGAGGUUGAAGUAUGCAGCAGAUCUUCUAACUCACAUCCGCUUCGGCACAAUUUCUGCCCAAGACCUGGUCAAUCAUGUCCAGAAUGUACCCAGAAUGAUGCAAGACCCUGAGUGCCACCGUCUCCUAGUUGAUGCCAUGAAUUACCAUCUGCUGCCAUACCAACAGAAUAUCCUUCAGUCACGCAGAACAAAGGUACGCGGCGGCCUCAGAGUGAUGCUCACAGUUGGUGGACGCCCAGCCUUGACAGAGAAGUCACUUAGCAAAGACGUUCUCUACAGGGAUGCUGACAACGUGUGGAAUAAACUGACAGAAAUGCCAGCUAAGAGCUUCAAUCAGUGUGUGGCCGUCUUGGACGGCUUCCUGUAUGUGGCAGGUGGUGAAGACCAGAACGAUGCAAGGAACCAGGCUAAACAUGCUGUUAGCAACUUCUGCAGGUACGAUCCCCGGUUCAACACUUGGAUUCAUCUGAAUAACAUGAUCCAGAAGCGCACCCACUUCAGUCUCAACACCUUCAACGGCCUCUUGUUUGCCAUUGGAGGUCGUAACGCUGAUGGUUGUCAGGCCUCGGUGGAGUGUUACGUCCCCUCUUCCAACCAGUGGCAGAUGAAAGCUCCAAUGGAGGUGGCCCGCUGCUGCCAUGCCAGCUCCGUCAUCGAUGGCAAGAUCCUUGUAUCCGGAGGUUAUAUCAACAAUGCCUACUCCAGAGCUGUGUGCUCUUAUGACCCCUCCACUGACACCUGGCAGGAUAAGAAUAGUUUGAGCACGCCUAGGGGUUGGCACUGCGCCGCAACUGUGGGAGACCGUGCCUAUGUCAUCGGUGGCAGCCAGUUAGGAGGUCGAGGGGAGAGGGUAGAUGUCCUAGCAGUUGAAAGUUACAAUCCUCAUAACGGGCAAUGGAGCUACUGCGCCCCUCUUCACACGGGGGUGAGCACUGCUGGUGUCGCCAUUUUGAACAGCAAGAUCUAUCUCCUCGGAGGCUGGAAUGAGGUUGAGAAGAAGUACAAGAAAUGCAUUCAGGCUUACAACCCUGAUCUCAAUGAAUGGACUGAGGAUGAGGAGUUGCCAGAAGCUACAGUCGGCAUCUCAUGUUGUGUCGUCACCAUACCCACACGGAAAACACGAGAGUCUAGAGCCAGUUCAGUUUCCUCUGCACCAGUCAGUAUAUAAGCAUUCAGAUGAUGUAGUUUACAUGCCUGAAGGCCUCCAGCUUGUCUGAUGCAUAAAUCUUCUAAAUUCUACCAAUGGUCCCUUUUUCAAGGGUGAAGAUAUUUAUAGAUGUUCUUAUUUUACAUGAUCAACUUUUUCAGUUAAACAGAAAGAUAAAUAAAUGCAAAUGUCACAAGAAACUUGAGAGAUUAAAGUAGUCAAAUUAGUAUUUCUUCAAAAAAAUUCUUGUUUUCAAAUGGAAGCAAAUGUUUGAAUUU